UUGUCAUUUCAAAAUUAGAUUCUGAGGCAACCUUAGAGAGAGAACCCUAGAGAGAAGGAUUUCUCUCCCACCCACCCUUUUUCGUGUCUCUUCCCAAAAGCCUCGCUAGAGUGCUGGAGUGCCGGAGUGCCGCCGUUGACGAAAGUAUUGUCCGUUCUGCUGACCGGCGCCGCUCACCCGGUGAACAUCUUUGAAGCUUUGAUUGUAAUGGUCAAAGUGAGCGUUUUCACCGUUCCACAGUCGUUUGACCGUUCUUUUGGGAACUCUUUAGUUGUUGUUCGGUAUGUGUUAUUUUUGUUCUACUUUUUUCCACCAUUUAUUGGUUUUAUUAUUUUAUUAUCCUUGUUUGGUUUUGGUGUAUUGUCAUGGAGGAACUUGGUGAACAGAGUAAAGCUUCUCAUACGAGGAAGAAGGUGUGUUCUUAGUCACCCUGAUGUUGUUGCCCUUGAAGAAUGGAUUAGCAUAAAAGGUUUUUUCACUAAGGAAAGCUUUAUCCCAAAAUUUCAUAUUCCAUGUGAUGAAGAAAUUCAUUUUGCAAAUGAGCUAAUAGACAUUCACUUCCAGUCAGCUUUGGAUGAUCAGUUGAAAAUAUGCCAGUCUAAAAUCCAUGCAGACCAAGAUGAGCGGAUAAAGGUGUUGCAAGAGAAGCUCUCCGCUGCAGAGGAGAAACUGCAGGUUUCUGAAAUAUCUGCAAAUGAGACAAGAACAGAAUUUGAAGGUCAACAAAAGCUUGUACAUGAGUUGCAAAGGCGUUUGGAAGAUGCAGAAUAUAAAGUUACAAUAGGGGAGAAACUGAGGAAAGAAUUGCACAAUACGAUUUUGGAACUAAAAGGGAACAUCCGUGUGUUCUGUAGAGUACGACCUUUGUUACCUGAUGAGGCUUGUAGCACAGAAGGAAAGGUUAUAUCUUAUCCCACAUCGAUGGAAGCAUCUGGACGGGGCAUCGAAUUGACACAAAGUGGAGGAACUGCAAUAGGUUAGGGAGCAAUAUGUUUGUGAAUGGAUUUUGGAUGUGGACAAUGUGCAGAAGAAUUAAGUGUUGUAAGAUUUAGGCAUUCUGUAGAAUGUUGGGGAAUAAUGAUUUUUGCAAAGUUAUUUAUUGUUUGUUAAGAACUUUUUCAAUAUGUAUUGAUGUUGAUUGUACAUAUUUGUUCUUAAGAAUUUUGAAAGAAAA